UACUUCCCCCCUCCCACCCAUCAAGAACACUCCCGUUCAAAUACAAGCUCAUCUAGCAGCUACACACUACUUCUUUCUGUACAGCUGCAACAAUACGAGUGCAGUCCAGGGUCCAAAAACUAUUUUUUAUACGUUUACUACAUCAUGGAUGCGCCACAGUCUCAAUGACCACAAAUACAUUAAUGCCAUACAGUGGAUCGUCUUCGCUCUGAAAGCACUUAAGGACUAACGGUUUAGUGUAAAAAAUAUAUAUAAAAAAUGGACAAAAAAGGGCGGGUGUUUUGGGUUAACCCUUCUGGUAGGCCAACCCUUCUGCAGUGAGCAACAAUGGAACUCAGGCAAACCCAGUCCUGGAAAAACAUUGAGAGCAGUACAUCUGGAUUGCAUUACUGGACUUGACAAGAAAGAGGGGGUGAGAGAGUGCACAGCCUAGCAGAAUGUUCAUAAAGUUCAGAAGAGUCAAAAAAUUGAAAUUUCUACAGCUUGUCUUGAUGUGCUGUGUCAUGUCAGUCCUCAUGGUUUACUGGGAACAUGUGGACGACCACGUUGUGAGCCAUGUGAAGUCAUACUCCUACCGCUACCUAGUCAACAGCUAUGAUUUCAUCAACAAAAGCCUCAGCAUCAGCCCACAGCAAGCUGCCAGGUUUGGGAGCUACCCAUAUUUGCUAAACAACGAGGACAUUUGUAAAGACAACGACGUGCUGCUUCUUCUCUUUGUGAAGACCUCCCCGGGGAACUUCAGAAGACGACAGGACAUACGCUCCACUUGGGGCAACGAGUCCUACAUAAGUCACAAGCUAGGUGUUGUCAUAAAAGUAGUGUUUGCAAUGGGUGUUUACUCUGACGUGAACUCUGAUAGCUUGAGGCGGAAAGAAUUGCACAAAGAAUUGCACAAGGAGCACAUGAACCAUGGUGACCUGGUUCAGCAGAACUUCCAUGACACAUUCCAUAACCUCACUGUAAAACUGCUGCUUCAAUUCCGCUGGACGCAUGACAACUGCGCCCAUGCCCACUUCCUCAUGUCUGCUGACGAUGAUGUCUUCAUCCAUAUGCCUAAUCUAGUGCGCUACCUUCAGGACCUCAGAAGCCAGAACGUGCGUAACCUUUGGGUCGGCCAUGUGCACAGGGGGGCGCCUCCAGUUCGGCGUAGGGACAGUAAGUACUACAUGCCUUUCGAUAUGUACCAGUGGUCGUCCUACCCAGAUUACACUGCCGGGGCGGGGUACGUUGUCUCUGGCGACGUGGCAGCCAAAAUCUAUCAGGCCACGCUAUCUCUGAAUGCCUCUAUUUAUAUCGAUGACGUCUUCAUGGGGAUCUGUGCCAUUGUAGCGGGCGUCUCACCUCAGGGACAUGUUUAUUUCUCGGGUGAGGGGAAAACACUCUAUCACCCGUGCAUCUACGAAAAAAUGAUCACCUCUCAUGGACACGAGGAAGAUAUCAGGUAUCUGUGGAAAGUUGUGACCGCCCCACAGGUAGAAGCUAUUUCUUCUGGACUGUUUGGGAAACUCUAUUGUACAGCUGUGAAAAUGAAACUGCUCUGUAAGCCGUACUUUACAAACACGUAUCCGUGUAUGGCAGCUUUUAUAUGAUGCACUGUGAGCUUUCUAAAGUCCAAGCAGUAUUUCAGAUUUUUUUUUUUUUUGUUUACUUUUGCUAUAAAUGUUACAUAUUUUGUAAUUUCCCAAUAAAGUUAAAAGGUAUGUGCCCUAAGAAUGUGUUUUGCACUCAUGCUCUUUUAUUUAUUUAUUUUAUUUUUAAUGUACAGUGUUGGACGAGAGAGUGCAUAUUAUCUACACCACAUGAGUUUCACAAAACUUCUCAAGGUCACAUUUCACAUAUUUCAUUUACCCCAAUAACAGCCUUUUUCUCAAUCUUUUUAUUUCUUUUUUUAUUAUUAUAAUAUGUUUUACAGUUACUGGAGCAAAAUGGGCUUGGACAUGUUUUGUGAGACUGAACUGUGCCCGGUUUCUGUUCUGGCAUAGUUUUCGUAACUGUAUAAAACUGUAUAAAACUGUAUUCAGACGAAGAAGGAAGUCUUUUCACUGUAGAAUGCUAUUAGAGAGUGUGGACUUUAUUUCAUGUUGCAAAUGUUAUAAGCUUCUGCUUAAAGUUCUCAAACCUUUGAGCGGACUUGUAAUAAAAUGGUGCUACUUGUAAAGGAGGAUUUUAACAAGUUACAUUUUGCUACAAUAAACCAAAGCCUGAUAAAAUGCAUUGCAUUGUGACAUUAUUAUCAUGACUAACCCUCAAAUCUCAUCACCGUAAAUGAAACAAUCUUAUUAUUGGUACUGUAAUGUGAAAUUACCGUAUUACCGAAGAUAAUAUAAAUCACCAUUGAAAUAUCAUUAGAAUAAGAAGAAUGAGUUGCGAAAACUGCCAGAAUUGUACAUUGCGUGUUUUUAUUUCCCCACUAUAAUUCUGGGUUCAAAUCAAUUGAAGUGUUCACGCAAUUAUUUUUAAUGCAGCUUGACUCUCUUUGACUCCUUUACCAAAGUAUGUUUUAUCUGUGGUUGCUAAAAUCUAAAAAAGUAGAGAUUGUAGUUGGGUUCUGGGUGGGACAUGAAUAAAAGUAAAUUGCUGUUUAAAGCAACAUCUAUGCCAAAAUAAGUGAACUCUGAAGUAAUCUCUUUUCCUUGUUCAAUACAUUUGCAUGCACACAUGCUCUUUGACUACAGGAACUAAUUUGAAAAAAAAUAAUAAUAAUAACUGGAAAGUAAAAAAACAAUAAUCCAUAUAAAUAGAUGCAAUGUACUGUAAAAAUAUGAACCACUGCUGGUUUCGUCUGGCCAGAGGAGAAUUGGCCCUUGAGAAUUGAGCUUGGUUUCACCCAAGGUUUCUUCUCUAAUCUGUCACCGAUGGAGUUUUGGUUUCUUGCCGCUGUCGCCUCUGGCUUGCUUAGUUGGGGACACUUCAUUUACAGCGAUAUUGUUGACUUGUUAGCAAAUGAUUGCACAGAUACUAUUUAAACUGAAUUCAAUGAUGAACUGCCUUUAACUGUCCUUUUGCAUUAUUGACACACUGUUUUCCUUAUUUAUGUUGUUCAGUUUCUUUGACACAAUCUGUUUUGUUUACAGUGCUAUAUAAAUAAAGGUGACUUGACUUGA